AUGUAUCAAUGCAUCUCGAGGGAGGGUGAGUAUCCGAAGGAAAGGCCAAUAACUUGUGAAAUUUCUUUUUUUUUUAGAAUCAGGUAUGAGACUUUAUUUUAG